AUGGCUGUCUGGGUGUUCUGCAACCGCUGUUUCCAGCCCCCCGGCAAGUCCUCCUCGCAGUUCAGCCUGACGAGCUGCGGCCACGUGUUCUGCCACCUCUGCCUCCAGCAAGGUAAAAAGGAAGAAUGUUUGAUUUGUGGCACUCCUUGCCGUAUAAUUUUACUUUCAAAACAAACUGAUUUUAAUAUUCAGGCAUUCUUUAUGGGAAUAGAUGGAUUAUGCAAGAAAUAUUCAAAAGAAACAUCACAGAUAUCAGAAUUUCAAGAAAAACACAGGAGGAGGUUGUUAGCAUUCUAUAGAGAAAAGAUUUCAAAAUUAGAAGAAUCUCUUAAAACAUUAACACAGCAGAUACAGCAGAUUCAAAGAGUGGAGUCAAUGGACAUUGAUCUUUCACCUUCCCCAAUGAGAAAACUUGAGACAGCAGCAGGCCCUGCAAGGCUCUCACUGAUCAGUCCACCUCAAGAUGGACGUAUGGGAAGUGUUUCUUACAGAGGGCCCCCGCAAGUUGGACUUACCUCAAGUCAGAAUAGCAUGUCAAGGAUCUACUCUUCUUGGAGGAAGCACACUGGGAAGAUGAUUGUGGUUUUUGUGAUGAUUCAAACCAUCAUGGAAGGCAUCGUGGAGACUUCAGUGGCAUGUACUGCCUUCUACCAGCAGGGGCUUCUCAUUCCCAGCUUCCACCUUCCCAGUCUUUCCUUCGGCUCCCUGACCCUCCCAACCUCCCCUACCCUGGCCAUUUACCUCCACUGA